ACUCGGACAUAGUGCACAGAAAAUUUAACAAAGCAGCACAAUAUUUUGUUGUACAUGGCUGUGGUUUUUAAUAUAGAGGAAUACAAUGGCACUGUUGUGUCUUGCCUACAAACCACAAACACACAUGGGCUCAGGUUAAGUCAAACUGCAAGCCACUGUCCUGGGAACAAAGUGCAGACACCUGCAUUUCUAACGGCAGUGGUUUUGGCUGUGUGAUUAUAAUAAAAAUGAUUACCCUCAUUUCAACAGUGCAUGGCCCAGUAGUCUCAAAGCCAUAUGUUCCUCCUCCUUCUGCUCCUUUCUCCCGCUUUUACUGCGUGUUCUUCAAGAGUUCGAAGAAGAGUGGAAAAACUGUGAGAGGAGAAAAACAUGCUCAUGGCUGAGUAUCUGUCCUUCUCUUCCUUUUUGUAUGAGAGAGAGUGAAAGAGGCAGCGGCACAUACAGCACAGCGGUUGGCAGCCUGCAGUACUUCCUCAUCCUGGCUGUUGUGUUGAGACAGACAGCCGCUGCUCCUGACCCUUUUCGCCCUCAGACUCUUCAUACAGCUCAGCAAAGGACGGAUAUUUUGGUCUGUUGUGCUUCAGGGCACUCAGGCAGAGGGCAGUCUCUAGGACAGCGUCCAGUGACAAACACGUGUAGUUAGCUGACGCGCAGCCAUGAUGAAAUCGGGCGCCACCAAGGUGGGGCUGCCCAAGCCGGGACUCCAGAAGCAGGUCUCCUUGGCCACCUCUUCCUCCACCGCCUCCUCCACAGCCAUGAAGACAUCCAGAUCAUCCAACACACUGGCCUCAGACCAGCGCCUUAGCAGGCUGAAAAGAGCCAGCAGUGACGAUGCCUUGACAAAGCCUGCACUGGGAGCUGCUGCCUCUGGCUCCCGAAUGAAAAAGACUGUGACCACUGGAGCCAUCUCAGAUCUUGCAGAGGGCCGUCCUCGCAGCCUGUCCGGUGCACAAGCGGCCAAGAAGUCUGGUAUUCCAGCUCCUAGAGAAAUCCCUUCCACCAUAACAAGAGACCGCAUCUCUCUGAGGGACCAGCUUAGGAGCUCCACCACUAAGAGGAUGGUUUCCAGUGCCAGCACUUCCAGCCUCUCCACCCUGGCAAAGCAGACACGUAGUUCAACCAAGUCCCGUGGAGACACAGAAAGCCAGGAAAAGGGCCUUCUGGAGUGCCAGGUGAAAGAGCUGCUGGCUGAGGCCAAGGCCAAAGACUUAGAGAUCAGCAAUCUCAGGAUGGAGUUGCAGCGCUGCAAAGGUAAAGCCUCCACCGCUCCCUCCUCACCGUCAGCCAACUCUGUCGCAUGGCAAGAGCCGGCUGCUGAUCGGGAGCAGGAGCAAGUGGCGGAGGCCCUUGUACUGGUUGGGGAGCUGAGGGAGAAGAAUGGGAAGUUUCAGAGAGAGCUGGCAGGGCUUAGGGAGGAGAACCAGGCGCUGAAGGAAAAACUGCUUUCCUUGGAGGCCUCUCCUCUCUCCAGUACAAACACAAGCAGCCCUUCCAAGCCUUUGGUGAAUGGACUGCCCUCAGACUCCAACUCCUCAACUCAGCAACAGGACAGUCUUCCUUCCACUGCCAGCCCUCUCAAAACCUCUGUCUCCUCUGGUUCUGACAUCACCAAGGACUCACCAUCACCCGACUCCUCAGAGUUUGAGAAGAUCCCGUCGCGUUCAGAGUCAGUGAGUAGUGGUGCUAGUGCAGAAGCCGUUACAGCGGUGGCAGUGACCAAUGCAGGAGGGCAGGAUGUGUCAGUGCAGAGCCUGACCGAAAGGAUUCACAAGAUGGAGGAGAGCCACCACAGCACAGCCGAGGAGCUGCAGGCAACUGUGCAGGAGCUGGCUGACCAGCAGCAAGUGGUGCAGGAGCUGACGGCUGAGAAUGAGCGUCUGGCCGAGGAGAAACGGCUCCUGCAGACCUCGCUUCAACAGCAGAGAGAGCGCCUGGAGGUGCUGGCCCAGAAGAAUGAAGCACUCACUGGCCGACUUCAGGAGCAAGCACAAGCUCAGGCCAAGAGGGAGGAGGAGCUGGGUAGCCAAGGGCCUCGGCUGGCCGAGCUGGAGCAGAGGUAUGCCGAGCUGGUCGAGAGCUCGCGCUUCGAACGGGAGAAGCUAGUGGACAUCCAGCAGCAGCUGACAGGCAGCCUGCGGGCUCUGGAGGAGGAGCACCAGGAGGCGCAGGGCCAGGUGCGCUGCAUCAAAGAGGAGAUGGACAGACUGCAGGCCCAGCUGGACAGGGAGGUGGAAGCUGGAGGUCAGGCAGCACAGGUUGCAGAGGAGCAGAGGGCAACAGCAGACUGUCUCAGACUGGAAAACAGUAGGCUGAAAGCGCAGGUGGACAUUGAGAGGCAAAAGGUGGGUGAGCUGAAGGCCAUGCAGAGCGCUGGUGACAGCAGUGAAGUGCAGAACUUGCUGAAAACAGCCCACGCUGAGAGAGACAGGCUGGAGGUGGAGCUGACAGAGCUGAGGCAGGAGCUGCUACAAGCCCAGGCCGAGACUGAGCACGUGCAAGCCACAAUGUCCAAGACGGAGGCCAAAUGCCAGCAGGUUCAGGAGCGGGCUGAGAGGAGGGAGCAGGAGCUCAGCAGCCGGGUGACUUCACUGGAGGAGGCCGCGAUUCACACUGAGAACCAGGUGAAGGAGCUGAAGGAGACCAUCUUCGAACUGGAGGACCAGGUGGAGCAGCAGAGGGCCGUCAACUGCCACACCAAUCAAGCCGUCCUGGACAUGGAGAAUCUUGUCAAAAAGCUGGAGGAGCAGAAAGCUGACGCAGACCGACAGCUGAAGGUCAUGAGUAGACAAAUGAAGGAUGAAAAAGAGGAGUGGCGUCGGUUCCAGGCGGACCUCCAGACCGCAGUGGUGGUUGCCAAUGACAUCAAGGUGGAGGCUCAGCAGGAGCUCCGUACACUCAGGAGGCAGCUGCAGGAGGAGCAGGACCGCAGUGCAAAGCUUUCAUCAGACCUCGAGGCCCUGCAGGGAGUCAGGUCCCAAGGUGACGAGGUGAGGGUGUCCGACUCCGAUAUCAACCGUCAUUGGUGCGAUAUCUCUAUGAUCCCGACCACACCCAUAGAUGUCGCCGGGGAUGCCAACGACUCAGAGCCCGGAGCUACUGUCAAAUCCCUCAUUAAGUCUUUUGAUACUGUUGGACAGAAUGGACCAGGACACACAGUUCAGAUGCAUUCCUCCUCGAGAAGCCCGCUGAGUGGGAUCCCUGUACGCACCGCACCUGCUGCUGCUGUCUCCCCUAUCCAGAGACACACGUACAUAAAGCCACUGUCAAAAACUUUGGAGAAAAGAAUUAAUCAUGGAGAAUUCUCUCAUCAUCAUGAUAAGAUGUCAGGCUGCGGGGAAGACCUGAAACCUAACAGCCUGAUGAGGAAGAGCCCUUCUUUAGAGUCUGUAAUCAAAGCCCCCUCCUCCCUCAGUGGCCGCACAUCAUCCUUCAGCUACAACCGAGGCAACAGCAAGCUCAGUGUGGAAAGAAAGGACCCCUUGGCUGCACUGGCCCGGGAGUAUGGAGGAUCUAAGAGGAACGCUUUACUGAAGUGGUGCCAGAAGAAAACAGAGGGCUAUCCGAACAUCGAUGUGACCAACUUCAGCAGCAGUUGGAGUGAUGGCCUGGCUUUCUGUGCCCUCUUGCACACGUAUCUGCCCGCCCACAUCCCAUACCAGGAACUCAUCAGUCAAGAUAAGGUCCGGAAUCUGACCUUAGCUUUCCAGGCUGCUGAGAGCAUUGGGAUCAAACCCUCCCUGGACAUGGAGGAGGUGAUGAAGACAGACAGGCCGGACUGGCAGAGCGUCAUGCAGUACGUCUCUCAGAUCUACAAGUACUUUGAGACCUGACCAGCUGGAGAGAGAUGAAUUGGAGGCACUGCAGCACUUUUUCUGUCAGCACUACAUUCACCUUCCAGACAGAUGUAACGCUGCCAGCGUAACCUUCCUCCUGCUCACUGUUGGACACUUAACACACAACUGAGGAAGUCUCCAUUCUUGGGAGAUUUGAAACAAUCACAGAGUUGCUGUUUUCUCAUUUUUUAACGGGACGCUACAGUGAGCACUGAGGCUCAAAUUUACAAAGACUGUACUGCAAGAAACAAUAACUUGUUCAAUUUUACCAGCUUUAAACAUCAUCUGAGCAUCGGAUUCACAGGCAGGGGACAGCUGAGCUGGUUUGAUUUUUUUUAACUCCCUCUAUACUGACUUUGAAAGAACUGACAAAAAUACAUACUGUAAUAGAUUUUGGGUAACACUUUACUUGAAGGUAUCUACAUAA